UAUUGCAACGACAUGCAUCUUCAUUGGCGGAGUUUGCUAACACAUUUUCUGUUCUAUGCUCGAAGUCUAUUGAUUCCCAUACUGAUAUUUCAUGGGAUGGAAUUUAUUGUACUCAUCAUGUUCACAAUCUUCGAAGAAGGUCCAAUAAAUAGAUGCUAUAUAGAUGGAGUGCCACCAUUUGAGAUGAAUGCUGCAAACUUUAAUCCAGCGAUAGACCCUACAAGUCUAGAGGAUAUAAUACUAUCAGAUGUUAAACCUCCACCAGGACGAGCUAUAUUCUUCCCUGAAAUCCGAUGUCAUCCUGGAGAUGUGCAUCGUAUACUCCAAUUGACAGCAAGACAAGCGUGCGCUAUUGAAUCGGCGGCAUUGCACAAUCCACAUUUUCAGGUGUUUGUUUUAUUUGAAAGUCCCACUCAUAUGCCAGUUGGCGAAACUUUUCCUUUACUCGAUGCCAUUCGAAGCUAUAGGAAUGUGCAUUUUAGGCAAUUGAAUAUCUGGAGCUUUGCAGAGGGCACUCCAAUCGAAGAUUGGGCUAAAAAGGCCGAGCUGCUUCACUCAAGCUUUCAGUCCGAAUAUGCAUCGGAUUUACUGCGUUUCUUGACUCUUUAUCACUUUGGCGGCAUCUACCUGAGUAUGGAUUCCAUUGUCUUACGAUCAUUGGAGAACUUGACACUAAACUAUGUUGGGGCCCAUGAUAAUCAGAGUUUGGGAAAUGCUGUUUUUAGCCUUAAGCCCAGAGGCUCUGGCCAUGAGUUUGCCAAACUAUUUUUGCGCGAGUUUCAAAAAAGUUACCAUGCCAAGAGCAAUGAGCAGACUCUUAUUAACCGCACGAUGCAAAAAAUUUGUGGAACGCUAUCUAUUAAAGAAAUGCAAAAAGAUGCUCAUCGAUGUCAUGGAUUUAAGGUAUUCAAACCGAAUACUUUUUUUGCUGUUAGCGACGAGAGCAACGUAUUCGAGGAAGCCAAAUAUUCGUAUAUAAUACAUCAAUGGAGCGCUGACUCUAAUAAAUGCCAGCUUAAGGCUGAUUUUAGAAAUACUUUUGCACAAUUUGCAAAGAAGUAUUGUCCAAGGGUCUAUAAAGUAAAUAGAGAAUAUUUUUAAAGUGAUAA